AUGCGGCACGCCCUGCGCGUCGAGCCUGCGACGGGCGCCUACACGCCGCCGCUGUACGUCAACGAGCUGUGGAGCCUGCGCAGCGGCAUGCCUCGCCUCAACGCCUCCACCGGGUACCUCAACCUCACCGUGAGUCUCGCGCCGACGAGUCUGGCGGCGGUGCACGGCGACGAGAUGGUGGAGGAGAUGCGCAGGAUGCUGCUCGAGACCAACCCGUGGCUGCUCGGCCUGACGAUGGCUGUCUCGCUGCUGCACAGCCUCUUCGACUUCCUCGCCUUCAAGAACGACGUCCAGUUCUGGCGCGACAACAAGUCGAUGAAGGGCAUCUCCCUCAACUCGCUGCUCCUCAACCUCUUCAUCCAGGCCGUCAUCCUCCUCUCCAACGGCGUCGGCCUGCUCAUCGAGGCCUGGAAGCUGCGCAAGAUCGUCAAGUCGGUCGCACUGCGCUGGCCAGCCGGGUCGUGGCGGCCGCGGCUGCAGCUCACGGCGGCCGACUCGUACGUGCUCUCCGACACAAAGGCGCACGACGAGGAGGCGAUGGCGUACCUCGGCCGCGUGAUCGCGCCGCUGGCGGUCGGCUACGCGUCCUACUCGCUGCUUUACGACGAGCACAAGUCUUGGUACUCGUGGCUGCUGCGCGCCGUGGUCGGCUGCGUGUACUCGUUUGGCUUCAUCAAGAUGACGCCGCAGCUCUUCAUCAACUACCGGCUCAAGUCGACCGCGCACAUGCCGUGGAAGACCUUCAUGUACAAGGCGCUCAACACCUUCGUCGACGACCUCUUCGCCUUCGUCAUCACCAUGCCAACCAUGCACCGCCUCUCCUGCCUGCGCGACGACCUCAUCUUCGUCGUCUACCUCUACCAGCGUUGGGCGUACGGGGUCGACUCGCGCCGCGCGAACGAGUUUGGGCAGGUGGGCGAGGAGGAGGGCAGCGAGGCGCUGCCUGCGCCACCCCAGGCGCCGGGGAGCACCGCGCCUGUCGACGCGGACGGCAAGCCCAAAGCCGAAUGA